AUGGAGACGCAACGACUGCACCAUCCAAAUACGCCCGAACCGAAGCCGCUUGCGACCACACCGUCAUUCCCUCUCGCGCCGCUCGAACUGCAGAGAUGGGUCAGGUUCGCCGUGAAGGGUGGUAUUGGAAAGGCGGUCGCCAAGGUUGACAAGGCUUCGGAGGAUGGCGUGCGGGACUUGAUGUUCCUCGAAGGCGACACGAUCACGGUCCUCAUGGAUCUCGGCAGGGGAGCCUACCUUGGCUAUUGCGAAGGCGUCGUCGGCCUCUUUACCGGCGCGGAAGUCGUCAUGCAGCAAGCCAAGCUGAAGCGGCCGGUCAUCUCGACUCGCUCAGCUUCCGCCUCUCGCGCCAAUCCCCUCCCGCCUGUCACGCCCGAGAUCGGCGCAGCGUCGCCCGCGCUCCCUCCUUUACCCGCUGAUUCCUCCCCCGUGAUUCCGACCCCCGUGCCUUCCGCCUUCAAGCCCGCAAUCGCCCGCUCCGACAGCAUCGAUUCGACCUCGUCUUCCAGCUCGCUCACCUCGCCGCGCAAGCAGCAUCGAAAGCCCGUCCCCGCACUCGAGAUCCUGUCGGAUCAGGCGAGCGAGUUGGGCCGGGAGUGCGUGGAUCUGCGAAGCAGGCGAAGGGCGGAUGCUGCUGGACUUGGCAUCGCGGUUGAUAGCGGUGGGCUUUCUCGCGUUGCGCCUCCGCCUCGACCUCGUAGAGUGUCAGCGAAUGAGCAGGAAGUCCUCGCAUCUACCGAACCUCGUCGACUUGCCGCCUUCGUCCCCGCUCCGUCCCCCAUCCUUCCACGCACCUCGCCCUUCCCGCUCUACCGUCCAGCCGCCGCCUCUCCCGCGCCCUCGAGCGAUUCCGACAGCACGAACCGCACACCUUCGCUCGUCGCUUCACCUUACUCCGACCUCGCGGACCGCGACCGCGACUUUGACGACUCUGCGUCGUCAGCGAGCGGUCAUGGUUAUGCUGGCGUUCGGCGGGUUGCGCCGUUCACGCCGGAGGAUGCAGGGGGGCAAAGUUGGGCAGGAGGCGAGGCGAUGGGAAAGGCGGAUACCAGCGCUUAUCUCGAUGCAUACGGUACGCCUGGAAAAGACUACACGGACGGGCCUACGCCGACGGCCGAGUCUUUUCCACUUGAUGCGUUCCCGCUUCCUUCGGCGUCGAACGCACUGUUCGGUGGUGUGCCGUACGACGCGCCUACUCCUGACUCCUCGUCAACUGUCCCUCUCUCCACCGAAGACCUUCGCCCAACGCCCUCUCACGUCCUCUCGACAUCCGGCAUGCCUCUGCCUGUCCCCUCCGCCGACCCUCAAUCCGCCUUUUCCUUCUCGCCAAACAGCUCGAUCACCUCAACCCUCCCCGCUUCCGUCCUCUCAGCAGGCGACUACUACGCCCGACGGGAGAAGUCAUCAGACGGCAGUUCAGGCGGGAGCGUGCCAGGGACACCUGGAGACGACCCGACUUUGGCUUUCAUCUUCGAUUCGUAUCGCUAUUCGAGGGUGCCGAGUAUGGGCAGCCUGGCGGGCGGUGCGGGAGGGACGGGUCAGGCUGCGAUGCCUUCGGUCGGGCUGGCGAGGCGCAGCAGUCAGGAGGUUGAGGAGCUCGCGGGCGAGUUCGCUCCCGAGACUGAAGAGUCAGAGGUUGAGCCCGCUUUGCGGACCUUCGGCGCGGCGACGCAGCUGAGGUCGCGAAUCCUGGGCGGUCAGUCGACUGGCGCCGAGCCUUCGACAGCGCCGCGACCGGCACACCCCCCGGCAGAGUCGACCUUGUCUUCUGUCGACAGCCUCGUCAACGUUCCGCGCCUAUCCGAAAUCUUCCCACGCGUGUCGCCAGCCGACUCCCCUGCGCCAGCCAGCGUACGCUCGAGUCGCAGCGGUUCUCUCACGCUUCCUUACGACUCGUCGCCGGUAAGGCCAAUACAGGACCUGCCAGAUCGCCCUCCAGUCUCGCCACGACGGCAGUCAGAGCCGCAGAUUCGUUGCAGCGGCGUUCCGGUCCUCGAUGCAGCGGGCCUCCGCGACGACCUCGAUGCAUCCCGCCGCCUCUUCCAGGCGUACUUCACGCCUCCACGCGAGCUCGUCGAUGCGGCUGCGGCCAUAACCGGCACGACGCCUGUGGUCCCUCGUUCCCCAUCCCCGAUCGAGUCGCCUCAGCACCUUCGUCGAAAGUCGGUCAAGGGUUUGCAAAUCAGCCAGCCUGUCGUCCCUGCUCUCCGCACGCAGAACUUGCCGAUUUCGCCGCCGCUCUGGAGGAGCCACGACGAUGCUUCGCCUGUCGAGCAGGUCAUGCCGCAUGAGACGACCGAUGUCUUCGUCGCUUCUCCCAUCUCGAUGGCCGCUCCGCCUCCGCAAGUCCAGAUUCUGCAGGCGACGCCGUCGGCUGUGCGGACGUACACCGCUCCCCGCGACCACGACAUCUCGCUCGACAGCGACUCGCAGUACGUCCUCAGCCCGGUGCCCUCCUCGUCCGCUGCCUCUUCGCCCAACACCUUCACGUCCGCCGCAUCGAGCCCUGUCCCGCCGUCCGUCGACGAGGGGAAUGAGCGAGCUUCGAGUUCCCGCGCUGCCGACACGACACCGAAGAAGCUGCGCAAGGGUGUGCACCGCACAAAGUCCUCACCUGCCAUGGGUCGCCACUCCAACUCGUCCACAACGUCGCUCGCAUCGCCAGUGAUGCCGAGCGGACGACCGCAGAUGCCGGCUAUGCCGAUCCGCAAGAUGAGCGAUCCGUUCGGCACUUCCUCCUCUCCCGCCUCGCCUGCCUCGUCAUCAGAACGCAAGGUCGACUACAGCACGGGCAUCUCGAACCGGGAUUUCGAGGAGGAAACGAUUGCGAUUGGGAAGAGCGAGUUCGAGGUCGUCAAGCCCCUCGCCGCCUUGCUUGCGAAGGACGAGGAGGAACCCGUCGCAAACAGCGCCUCAUUCGACUCGCCUCGGCCAAGCAUGUCGUCCUCGGUCGUGAGCGACUUUGCGACGCCGCGCCGUCCCCUUUCGCCGCCUCACUCUGUCACCGCGCCAUACCCUCCCUCGUCUGCUUCCACCACGCCGUACAUGACCGCCUCACACGCUCGCUCAGUUGCCUCGCUCUCGCACUUCUCGCCGCCUACUCCCGCCUCGGUCGAAGACGGCGGUCGCGCCGCUCUCGACGACUACCGCGCGAAAGAGGCCAAAUGGCUGCAGGUCAUGUCGACGAUGACGGUGGCGCAAGCGCGGAAGAGCAAGAAGGUCAAGGCGCUCGCGCAGAGUGGCAUCCCGAGCAGCGUGAGGGGCAAAGCGUGGGCUUUUCUCGCAGAUGCGCAGGCGGAACUUGCGCCGGGUUUGUAUCAGUCCCUCGCGCAACCGCCCUUCCCGCUUCCUCCGGCUAUCGAGGAGGACAUGCAGGAGGUGCUGGACCUUCCGCAGUUUGGCGAAGGUUCGGCAGGUCGCGAAGACCUCGUGUCAAUCCUGCGGGCCUUCCUCCGCUUCGAUCGACAAUUCGGCUACUAUCGCGGUCUUGCCAGCGUCGUCGCGCUUCUCCUCUCGCAGAUGCCAGCAGAGACGGCUUUCGGCACCCUCAUCUCGCUCGUCAAGAACUACUCUUUCCGGCAUCACUUCCCAACGGGCGUCGAGCAGCUCCGGCUGGACGUGCUUGCGUUCGACUGUCUCUUCGAGGCGGAAGAACCCAAGGUUGCGAAGCGACUGAACGAGCUCGGCGUCUCCGCUCGCGACUACCUCCCCUUCUGGCUCCCAACCUUCUUUCUCACCAUCCUGCCGCACACGACCGUCGUCCGCCUGAUGGACGUCCUCCUCUUUGACUCGAAGAUGCGGUACCGUAUCCCUCUCGCCCUCCUCGACCUCUCGCACCUCGACGACCGCCUCACUUUCCCCUCACGCGACGCCGUCCUCAAUCACCUCCUCGCGCCGCCGCCGACCGCCUUCGAGCCCGCGUUGCUGUUCCCGGCCAUCGCGCACAUCAAGCUCAGCGACGACAAACUCAAGAAGGCGCUGAAGAAGGCGGCGCAGGCCAUGUUGCGGCCACAGCAGCAACGGCAGGCUGCCUAG